AUGACUUCUAAUGCAAACUCAGUUACUCGAGGACCAAGCUUGCUCUCCACGCGGAAGCCUAGUUCAACUAGCGCAGGCUCUGACCUGAAAGAUGGGACCAACUUCCGAAACAGCCUACAAAUUAAUAUGAAGGGGCUUGUAGGAGAUGCUGUGGGGAAUAUGAGCAUAAGCCCUUGGUCUAGAGAUGUAGUUUUGGCAGCUCGACGCGGAUUGUUCAUCAUCGACCUGGAAGCACCAUUCGAAGUUCCGCGUUUCCUUCCUCAGGGUGGAACUUGGGAUGUGGCUGACGUGCAGUGGAAUCCGCAUCCUAGUCGGUCUGAAUACAUUGUCUCAACCUCCAGUGAAAAAUUAUUGAUAUGGAAUCUGUACAUGUCCGGAAAGACAUCCAUACAACAUAUCCUUCAUUCUCACUACCGAGCCAUUACCGAUAUCAACUGGCACACCACUGAGAGAGACACAGUCGUGAGCACUGGGAUAGAUUCCUGGGUAUGGGCUUGGGACAUGCGUGAACCUCGUAAACCAAUUUUUGGUUUGUGUGCGUUCAGUUCACCUGGGACCCAAGUCAAGUGGAACCGCCAAAACUCUCACAUCCUCGCUUCCUCACAUGCGGACAAGGUUCUCAUCUGGGACCGAAGGAAAGGCAGUCUGCCUGUUGCGACAAUUGAUGCGCACUCAUCGCGUAUUUAUGGCAUCGAUUGGUCGCAGACCGAACCAACGGAAAUCGUAACGUGCUCUUUGGACAAAACCAUCAAAGUCUGGGACUCAAAAACGAUGACUUUGAAAACCAUGAUUAGAACCGGGUACCCUGUUUGGCGUGCACGCAGUCUUCCGUUCGGUCGUGGUGUCCUUAGUCUCGCACAACGCGGCGAAACUGCGUUGGAGAUGUUCUCUCUCGAGAACCAAGGAUUAGGCCCUGGUACCUCAGAGGUUCCUGUAGAUAGUUUCCAAGGGCAUUCUGAUGUCGUUAAGGAAUUUGUCUGGAGGAAAGGUGCUAAUAAUACUGUUUUCCAACUCAUCACUUGGUCCAAGGACCGUACUUUGAGAUUCUGGCCAGUGGACUCCGAUAUGAUGCGGAAAGUAGGUUAUUCACGGUCUGGCAGCAAUGAUUCCCAACAUCAGCAGCAACCAGCUACUUCUGUCACUACGGAAUCUGCUCCCCGUACAAAAUCAUUUCGCAACGCGACGUUCCCCGACUCCAGUCCAAACACAGAUAAACUGGACAACAACCUCAAUCCAAACCCGAUUUCUGCCCCCAUUGGUCAUCGGUCGAUUUUGGCAGAAGUCCGAGCGGGUGGACCAAUAAACUCAGCUCACCAAGCUCAGCCUCGAAAUCGACAACGGACCACCGACAGCUUUAACAUCACUCUACAGACUGCACCGUCUCCUCCUCUCCAGUCUCCUGACAUAUUUGGGAGCGUGACUCCAACUCAGACUCAAAGUACUUUGACUGCUCCCGCUGUUGCCGGCAUUUCAAACAUAGAGGGGACUGUACCAGAUAGUUCAUUGGGUUUACCCGGAAGCGCGAAUGCUGCCGGGAUUAGUGGAGGUGGGACCAUGUCUCGUGGCGCCGCGGGAGGCUUAAAGUCUCGAGCACGUGUGGACGCUCUUUCGUGGCUAUCCUCUGUCAAAGAUUCAUCCACCACAGCUGGUACCGCGACCAUUGCGAUCGCCGGCGUCAGUGUUGACGAAGAUAAGAUUAAUAAUGAGACCGAUGGUGCAAAUGGGCGAAGAAGCGCCAGUAGAGAUGGCUUGGAUAGCAAAGAUAGCAGGUACAGGGAUGAAUCAGUUGUCCAGCCUGUUGGUCAUUCCUUACAAGAUGAAAUAACUACCGUCCUUUCUAAACUACCUGCAUCCAAAGUUCGCCUAGAGAAACAUGACCUGUCUCUCACAAACAGUAACAAGAAACAGCAGCGUACCCUCACCCUUGGUCUACAAGUUCCAUGGGCUCGCUCCGAAUCCGGUUCGCGACACCACGCUGUGGGAGGCUCUGGAGCAACCUAUGCAUAUUCGACCCAAUCGGUCUUUCUUCGUGUCACAUUUACUUUCCCGCGCAAUUACCCAUACAACCCCGAAAAUCAUACAGACCUCCCGCUAGAGCACCCGUUAGCGAGAACCACGACACCCACAGUCAACAUGGAGUAUACCCCUUUGAUCACAAUGAAAGAUCGUGCGUUUAUGUUGAGACGCCUAAGAAGGAUAAUCGCGACUUUGCGAGAAAGGCAGAGACCGUGUUUAGAGGCGUGCUUGAGGUUUUUGGUGUUCAAGGAUGAAAGCUUUGUUGAAAUCGCGGAAGGAGAUAGCGGGGGCGCAACCGGUCAUGCCAGUGUCCGUAGACCGGGAUUGAAGACAAGAUCGAGUGGAGAGAAUGGAGAGGACCUGGGAGACUCAGACUCAUCGGAAGAAGACAUUCAACGUAUGGCUGAGAUGGGAAAUCAUGUCGGAAGAGAUGAUGAGGUUACGAUGUCGAUGUUGCGGGAUAAUAAAAAUCUGGCGGAACCAAGGACCUGUCAAGGUAGUUUUGGUCCGAAUGGUGAACUUGUUUGUUUCUUCAGGGCGCCUCCACGUAUCAUGCGCAACGCGGUCAAUACCCUCAUUUCGCAUUCACGUUCUCCUGCGCGUUCUAGUGAAGAACGAAUCGACCAUGCCUCCUUCGAUCACGACUCCUUAAAUGUCAACACCACUGAUGGUACCAAUGCUGAUGUAUUAGGUUAUACCGAACGUGAAGCCUUUCACCAAUCCCCGGCUUUGAUAUCUGACGCCGUUCGUCGGCUAAGCCUGGCUGCUAGAGACCGAGAUAGCACCAAUCGGCUAGGCCUCAAUGUCUCUAUGGCCAAUGCACUCACAUUGGACACGAUAUUUUUGACCCCCAAAGUCAGUACUGUUGGACAGAGCGUGCCUGACUUUUACUCUUAUACCUAUCCAUCUUCGCAGCAUGCAGCUCAGACACACCCUUCCCCAGCUCAAGUACAAGCCCAAAUAACGCGUGUCAUGACAAAUUUACUGACUUUCCCUCGACAUCGCGGUAGACGGCAGUCUAAUUCGUUCCGGAGCUCAGCAGGAUUGAAUUAUAUCGGGGAAGAAGGCAAAUCAAUUGAGGAAGAUGCUAUAGGGACGAGUCAGCGAAGUUAUUCGGCUUUGGCCUUGAUGGCGGGAUCUCCACGUAGGAGCGAAGUCAUCAUUUCCAACACCACCGGGCUAGUUGGAGGAGACAAGAGUGUUGCGGAAGAUUAUAUAUUUCUUCCGACUACCUUUGGUGAAGGUAGAGGUAGUAAUGCUGUUGAUGACGGCUCCGGCCUGUUCAAUGGGAAAGGUGGCGUUUUAGUGCAAAUAUGUGAUUCAAACGCAGCGGCUGCUAGAUUACACGGGAGGUAUGACCAUGAGCGGAUCUUUCGUUCCAUUGGAGCGUUGCUAGCAACUGCUGCACUGAGUGCAAAUCGCGGUAAUAAAUCAUUCGAUGAAUCAGCUUCGUGUCUAAGCCUUGUAAAACAGUUAUUGGAUCGUUUGUUGGGGGAUCUCCGGGCUCAUAAAGACGCCCAGAUGCUUGCUGUGGUCGCUUCCGUCACGCUACAGAUAUUUUACAUUCCAGAAGCGUGCCACACAUUGCUUGCUAAUGCUACGAGAUCGCACUCGACUUCGAUUAGCACGAGGCCUGGAUCGGCCCUUGACUACUUUAGCACUAUCCAUAACCACGAUUUCAGCUCAAAAACGCCAACUUAUUCGUCAUAUUCGCCUGACCAUCCAAUCCGAAGUCCAGUUUUUUCCACCCCCGGUUCGGCUCAUCUACCAUCGUCUCCUACCCCUAUUCCUGGCACAUCCACCAUAUCAUCUCGUGGCUCAUGGUCAAGCAUCUUCAGUAAUGGACGAAACUUUAUGAUCAAUGCGCCUCAAGCAAUUUCUUAUAAUGCUUCAGCGACAAUCAAGCCUGUAUUACCUGUUCGAUCCCCUCCCCUCAAUCCUCCUUCACGGUUGGCUGUUUCUGUGAAUAAGACUGUCAAUAUCCAUCAAGGUCGACCCAGUCGAGGUAGCGGUAGAGCGUUGCAGGGACGAUGGCUGCUCGAGUCCCCGAGUCAGUCGACCACCUGGCACAUUUGGCAACCUGGAUCUACCUCUGAACUCGUAACUCCCCCCAGCGCUGCAUCGAAAUCAUGGAAUGAGUCUUCAACAAAGCCGCAAGAAGCUGCAGUGUCAUUCUCAUCUACUGGUCAUACCCAUAGACGUACAUUUUCGCAAGUAGCAAGUGCUGCCAAUGCCGAUGGCAAGAAAGGAGCAGUCGUUUUCGAAGCUGCACCCCAGGAAGACUCACGCUCCCCUGCUUAUUCUGAUGAAGAAUUGGAACUUCUUCUAAGACAUGUACAUUUCUACGCGGAGAUGUUAUCUCGUUGGGAGCUGCACCAUAAGCGGGCGGAGCUUCUGAAAUCCAUCACAGUACCUGGGUAUGAGAGCAUUCUACAAGAACAUGAGUUUGGUCUGAUACGAAUGUGUACAAAUUGCACGGCACCUCUUCCCAUCGGGAAGCUAGAUACAUCGUGCGAAUCCUGCGGAAAUCAUCGCGUCACUACAAAGUGUACCGUGUGCAGGCUUUCCGUCAAAGGGCUUUCCAUAAAUUGCUUGCGUUGUUUUCACGUCACCCAUGUCUCGUGCUGGAAUCAGUUGAGUGUCCCUAUAUGCCCUUCAGGAUGCGGUUGUGCCUGUGGUCCUGCAGGAACUGGAAUAAUGGACAGGCCCCCUCCUUCUGCGAUGAAGAGUAGGUUAGUAGAACUCAUGAGCCACUAG